AUGUUUUCCUUAGCAAGAUCAUUUCCAAGAGUUCAAUUGGCUAAUUCCUUAAAGAAUUCAAUUAGAAUGUAUGCAGCAGUUGGUGAUAGACUUCCAUCAAUUAAUGUAUUUGAAGAUUCCCCAGGUAAUGAAGUGAAUCUCGCAGAAGAAGCCGCAUCUGGUAAAUCCGUCGUUAUUGGUAUUCCAGGUUGUUUUUCUCCUGCUUGUUCUGCAACUCAUGUUCCAGAUUAUAUUAAGAAUAUUCGUGCUUUUAAUGAUAAAGGAUAUCAAAAAUUCUUUGUUGUUGCAGUUAAUGAUGCAUUUGUUACUAAAGCAUUUGGAGAAAAGAUCUUACAUCAUGCUAUUGCUGAAGCUCAAAUUAGAUUCUUAGCUGAUCCAAAGGGUGAAUUUACUAAAGAAUUAGAUUUAUUAUUUGAUGCUUCCAAGUUUUUCGGUAAUGAAAGAUCAAAAAGAUAUGCAUUAUUAGUUGAAGAUGGAAAGAUUGUCAAAACUUUCAUUGAACCUGAUAACACUUCUGUUACCAUUUCUGCCGCAUCUCAUGUUUUAGAGGAAGCUUAG